AUGCUCACCUCGGAGCCGGAGUGGGAGAUGGUCAGCAGCUCCGCCAAGGACAUGGCCUUCGAAGAGUUCCCCGUAGAUGAUGCAGAGCCACCAUCGUGGGCAGCUCGGCUUUGUGCCCGCAAAGACAUGGCCAUCAAAUCUUGUAGCAAGCUUUCCCGGAAGCCGAUUCAGAAGCUCGAUGGGAAGGUUGCCAGCUUGGCAACUGGCCCAGAGAUUACAAUUGACGGAGGCUGCGUGGGAGAGGACGAUGUUUUCGAGUUCCCAGAUGCCAAGGAGCUUGCCCGAGAGACUCAUUGCCGCCAAGCGGGUAAGGGUCGUCACACCCUACGUGCCAAAGGCCACUGCCCAGUUAAGAAGCAUUCAGACGUGUCGGUAGUUGCAGCUGGCGACGCCCAUCCACAGGAUGUUUCCCAAUUGGCCACUAUCCUGCGGCAAGUUCCUGUGCACCAGGUGGUCAAACAAGUCGGGGGAACUUGCCAGGAAGUCAAGACCAGGGAAGGCCGACAGGCAGUCCUGUCUGGUGCCAAGAUGUACGACGUCACAGUGCCAGUCGUGGGCCCUGGUGAUGAUGACAUUGAUGUCACAUAUCGAGUUGUAGAAGACGGACGCGGUGGCACCAACCGGGCAACCCGGAAUCCGAAGUGCAGCGCCAGCAUCCAGAACAUCGAUGCAACCCAAGCAAGGAGCAAAGUGCCGGAGUGCGCGCAGACCCGGAAGCAACAGACUUGCAAGAAAGACAUCCAAGAAGGCAUGAACAUCAUGGGCUUCGCCUGA